UCCUUCUUUCUCUCCGUCACCUCAGUUUCAGCUCUUAAACUCAUUACGAACCAAGUCUGAGUUCGUCUAUACUUUGCAUUCGUUAAAUGGCAGGCAUUCGCGGCAAUAAGUCUUCUCAACAGUCAACCAGUAGCGAUGAUAACGGGAUAAUGGCGGCGGUGACGCAGCAAAUGCAAGCGACAUGGGAGAAGAAGCGGAAAGAAAAUGAAGCAAAGUUCCUCACACUUGCGAAAGCUGAACUCGACCGAGUAAGCGAUGAGAAGGCCGACGAGUUCAUUGAAGUCACAGAGAAGAUGGACAGCAUAUAUGCGCGUUUUCUGAUGGACUACGCUUCCAUAUCGGAUGAUAUACGAAGAAUCAUGGUCGCUCUUCUCGAUGAACAUUCAAGCCUCCUCGAAUUGGCCCGAAGGAAACGCAAGACGAUCGACGAGGCGAAUCGACAACGUGAGAAAGGUCAAGUACAAGGUCUGGCAAUGACCAAGAAGGCCGUCGAGGACUGUAAUCGCCUCAUCUGCUCCUUAGAUCCCUCUGCUUGAUGUUCCGGACUCUGUCUACUGGAUGGCUCUUGUUCUGCUGUAACCUUCUGCUCACGCUUGCCGCUUCCCUCUGCCUCGAUCACGACAUUUCCUAUAUUCUAGGCGAUGGUCCUUCUGUUUCUGCUUUUUCCGACUCGUGUCGAUCUUCCGUAUCGUCUCGUCAACUGCCGCAAUCAAUAUUUCGUCUCACAUGUCAUUUGGCAUCGACCUUCAAUACAUGUAUUCAUCUCAA